AUCGGCCGGUAGGUGGCGCUGCGCUCGCCGGCGGCGGAGCUCCACUCUUCCUUUCACCGUCGGUAGCGGCGGCAGUCGGCCGAGGAUGGUGGUGCGGGUAGGCGUGUGGUCGCUGCGCCGCUGACCGGCGAGUCUCGCGCGCGUCGUCACCCCGGGAGGACGUGUCACGGAGCGUCCGGAGCGGAGCGGAGCUCACCGCCCCGUCGUGACUGGCCCACCGCGCCCCUGUCGAGGGCCAGCGCCGACCGAUCCCGGACCCCGUAGCCGACCUUGACUCUCCGUGACGUCAUCAUGCAGAGCGAGCUGUUCAAACGCCUGGUGAUGGUCGUUGCCGCCGCGGCCGUCACCACAGCGCAGAAACCGCUCCUGGCGGCAAAAAGUCCAGUCAGCGAUGUCCGGAUCGAGUGCAACAGCAACGACAUCGUCGUCUCCAUCUUCACCAGCAGCGCCUUCAACGGCAUGAUCUACCCGAAGGGUCUCUCCAAGAACUCGACGUGCAUGACCGAGUAUUCAUCCAUCACGGCACCGGUCAAAUACCGGCUGCCACUGCGCAGCUGCAACACGAUGAGCCUGGAAGAGGACCAGGACAUCGAGUACUUCAACACAAUCGUGGUGCAGCCGCACCGGAAGCUGGUUACAAACCAGGGCCGCGGCUUCCACAUUCGCUGCAAGUACCAGACCCGCGAGAAGGCCGUCAACGCCAACUUCGACGUCAGCCAGCUGGGAACCACUCCGCUGACGGCCACGGCACCCAUGCCCACCUGCACGAUGCGUAUCUACUCAAACACCGUGGACAAGACGGUGGCGGAGAAUGUGAAGAUCGGCGACCCCCUGACGCUGGAUAUCUCCAUCGAUGAGCAGGACAUCUACGGCCUGAAGGCAGUCGACUGUAUCGUCCGCGAUGGCCUCGGAUGGGGAGAGCAGCCGCUCAUCAACUCGGAGGGAUGUCCCGUCGACUACGAGAUCAUGGGUCCGUUCAACUACAGCGAGACCAAGAACUCGGCGAAGGUGAACUUCCAGGCGCACAAGUUCCCGUACACUGCCUCAGUGUACUACCAAUGCAACGUGCGACUCUGCCUCAAACACACGGGCGGCUGCGACGAUGUGCCCCCGGUGUGUGAGGACGGCACGAACCUGCGUCGUCGUCGACGGGCGGUGGAGAACGCCACCGUCACCGACCUGGAGACAGACGACGAGCCCGUCAUCGAGGUGUUCCACGGACUCUACGUCAACGAGGGCGAGGAACUGCCCGAGGACGACCCCAACGGGCCGCUCUCCAGGGACGACUUGGACGAGGACGACAUCCUCUGUAUUUCACCUCGGACGUUCGCCAUCGCCAUCGCCAUCGUCGGCCUCCUGCUGAUGAUUGCCGUCGUCGUCGCCAUCAUGGUCAUCAUCAGUCGGCGGCGGCGACGCAAGGAGGCCUCUGCCGCCGGCAGUUCCAUCUAUUCUGGGCCGUACACCAACACCGCCUACUCGCACUCCAGCUAGGCACUGAGCCGACGGCGCUCGGAACAGAGAAACGAGUGGAGUAGGUGGCGCUGCGUGCCUGUGAAGCGCUGGACAGAUCGCGCGCAGGUAGCGGACCGGGUCUGCCGGUCGCGAGGCAUUUUGCGCUUCUGCCAAGAAGAUUUUCUGCCUUGCGAUCACUGGAAACGUGUCUCUUGAAUAACGGAGCCCAGGACGAGCUGAGGGACCUCGCACACCGCGACCAGCCCAGUGACAGUGAACUGGAUGAUAUGUGAACUGGCAGGCCGUUUGUGAGCAGCGCCGAGGUCGAACCCUCCGUGCCAGUAUCUGCCGCGCUGGGCCGCGAGCUGCUGCUAUCACCACUGUCUGCUGUUUUUACCGAGUCAGUGUUUCACGUCCUCUCAGCUCGCUCGUGUACUGCCGCCUGGGCUCCCUCGUUCUCGAGACGCGGCUGUUGGUAGCGGUUUGUGUCCCGUACGCCGACACUGCCCUCUGUUGGUGGAUGUGGCAAAGCACGUCGGGGCACUGCCGGUACCUCCUCAUAAACAAUUCUCAAUGGGUGGAGUGUCUGAUCAGGCAUUACUGCCUGUAUUGAAUGUGUGUGUGAGGCUAGAUGAUUGUCUGAGUUAUGUACGACGUGUGUUCUACGGCGUUCCGUGUAUGUUUUGUAGCGAAGGUGAUAAACAAGAGGCUGCAGUAUGUUGCCUCUGUUCUCUGUAUCUCAUUACCCCGCCACAAUUCCUCUGCCGUUUACGUGCUAGUUUGUUGAGAGUCUUUGUGUGGAUGAAGCGGACGUGCGUCUUAUGCCAGUGCAGUUAUUGCAAUGUGUACGCCAAACGAUGGGCAUCGAAGGGGUAACCAUUCCCCGAUCUAUUUAGUGUGUCACUGUAGAUAUUCAUUUGCUAAUGUUGAAAUAAAUACUGUAAGGUUUCA